AUGUCUUGCCUUUCCUCGAAGCGCCAGAGGGAACACGAUGAGUUUCCAGUCUACAAUGAGGACUUAGUCCGAGAGAAGAAGAAACAUCGUUCCCUACCUCUGCGCAGUCCUCGGAAAGCUGGCGAGAGCUCGAAGCUCGUUGAUGCAAGCCCACGAAACCCGCUCUCAGUCUAUCCUUACUCCGCGUUGACUCCCAUCGAAUCCUCCGACGAAGAUGAUCCCGACAAUCUAUACCUUUCUAGUUCGAACCUGAAUAAAUCCCAGGAGAUCCAACGAAGUUUUGAUACCUCUGGACUCGACUGCGACGCAUCCAUGGAUCUGGACGUGUCGGAAGAUUCAGGGUCGGUAGACAAAGACACGAAAAAUCAACUGUCGGCCGCUGCAUCUGAUGGGGAUGAUUGGAACCAUUCAUCAAACCCGCAUAAUAUUAUCCACCAUUCACUCAGUACAAGCCACAUCGCGGCAACGCCAUGCGAUUCGCUUAAUUCCCAACAGCCGACUGUCCCAAUAAUAUCGGUAUCCGACUCUACGGUAUCUCCUAGUCAUUCUAUUCAGUUAACCGAGGAUACCCUAUGGUGGCGUUGCCCGCGCCUACUUAGCCCAGUCAGCGACAAUGGAGAUAGCAUACCAGGCGCGAAAGACUCCUCGGAUGAUUCAGAAAUGGUAUACGACACGUCUCCUCCAGAAUCGCUUCCGUCGUUGGGGUCGGGGUAUUCAUCCGCUAUGGAUGCUGAGGCAGCCGACAUGCGGCAGCGGUUGUCAUCGUUGGAUCUACCGGGUCAGGCAAAUAUAAAGCCAAGUGGGCACCUCAAGCCACCCAAAAAGCCGGGAUUCUCAAUGGGUUAUCGUGCUGACUGCGACAAAUGUCGCCGUAAAGUGCCUGGACAUUACAGCCAUAUCAUUGGGUGUUGA